UUCUGAAGCCCAAAGCUGCACUUCGUGUGUCAAAGGAAAAGAGGUGAGAUUUUUGCUCGGAGGAUCAGUUGGGAUUUUAGAAAUUUUUACCUGUUUGAGCGCUCCCCACACCCGCAGACAUCAUGUGUACAGGAGCCUGUUCUAAGUUCAUCGCCAUCCCGCUCUAUAUCCUGGCUGCGGUGUCCAUCAUCUGCAACAUCAUGCUCUUCUUCCCUGACUUUGACACGACGUAUGCAUCCCAAGACCGGGAGGGGGAGGAGCGCAUCACGGUGGAGGUCAAAUACAUGGCAGGCCUCAUAGGAGGAGGAAUCCUGGUCCUCGUUCCUGCCAUCCACACUCACCUGACCAGCGCUAAAAACUGCUGUGCCAACCGCUGUGGGAUGUUCCUGUCCAUUGGUUUUGCAGCAGCUGGUGCGGUGGGGGCCAUUUACAGUCUGAGUGUGGCUGCCCUGGGCCUGUCUAAUGGGCCAACAUGCCUUUGGAGCAAUCUUCUAAGCCCCAUUCCUCAAUGGGGGACACCCUUCGCCAGCAGUAACGGGAGCUACCUGGGCGAUAAAGCAAUGUGGGAUUGGUGCAUAGUUCCAAAGAAUGUGGUUGAAUUCAACGUGGGACUGUUCUCCACUCUGCUGGUGGCGGCCUGCUUCGAACUCGCCCUCUGUCUCAUCCAGAUGGUCAACGGACUCUUUGGAUGUCUCUGUGGCACCUGCGGCGGCAAGGAAUAAGCUCAACCACGACACACCAUGACCUCUUGAAGAAUAAAUGACAGGGAUCAUCAUCACAUUCAUCAACUCAAUUCAUCACCACUAUCAUAACCUACUGUAUCAUGGGGGGGUUUGAGAUAGGGGUUGAAUGUCUCUAUAAACACAGUCCUAUCUGUCCAAAUCCUCAUUAUUCUUAUUACUAAUUCUUCAAAAGGAAUGACUGGGAUGAUCAAUAAAUAUUUCUUCUGUACCUAUUUUAUUUUUCUCAUAUUAUACUGAUUGUAGAUGGAAAAACUGAUGUGUGCUAUAUUUGUAUCUGUACAAUUGUACGUUUUAAAAUAUUUUGUAAUAAAGCUUUGAACAUAAGAUAAAAAGGAGGUACUUCAGGUUUUCUAGUAAGCUAAACCUAUAGAUUAACUGUGUCUUGUUGUGUUUGCAUUUGAUUAUCACUUUACAAUGAAACAAAUUAAUAUUUUAUCAAAUAUUUUCCAUUGUUACAGAUUAA